UAUGACUGUAUCCAUCACGUGUAACAUAUUUUAGGUUAAUAUUGCAAUUUGGGAUUCAAUUUUCUGGAAUUAUAAUAUUUCUACAGGAUAUAAGGAUCAAGAAUGUUUCCAUUUUGGUGCGGAAUAAUUUUCUACCUAAUUUGUUCGGUGCAAGGAAAGACUCCCUACUGCACGAAAUUUACGGGCACAGCAAGUCCAAACGAUCCUACACUGCCAGAUCUACCGGACCAGUUUCAAGCAACAAUAGAGGCAAAUUUUGUCAACAAAAACUACACCAUUACAGCGUAUGAAUAUUUUGACAACCCCGGAAACCGUGCAGCAAUACGAGCAAAGAAAAACAACACAGACAAUAUUUCACUUUUCGAUUACACAAACAACCAAGUUACCUAUAUAUAUGGUAAAACAUGCAAAGUGAAGAUUCUCACGAAGGACCAGACGGAUGUAUUUUUCGGAAACCUCUCCAAGAAUGGUAUUCCUCACAUCCUAAACACACAAGGCGCGCUACAUAUUUUGAAAUCAUCCGGGCAGCAAUAUCAUGGAAGAGAUAAGGUUCGGGGCAUUACGGUUGACCACUGGCAAUCUUGUCUGUACUGGCCGCAACUUCGAGCAAACUUUACUCUUGACUACUACUUUUCUGUGGAAAACUGGAAAGAUCCGGUGGCUUAUCCGAGGAUUCCCGUCCGAGCAUAUGUUAAAGGAGUACAGACUGAUUUCACAGGAGUCGUGUCAAAUGUUGAACAUUACUAUGAUUACAUUGACUUUAGAACAAGUGUUGAUGAUCCGACAGUGUUUGAGCCGCCCCUUGGAGUAGUGUGUCCAGGACGCGUAAAUAAACCAACACCGGAAGUAAAGAACUAUUUUCAUGCAAAAAUAGAAACAGUUGAUGCUGCAACCACUACUAUAUACGAAACCGAUUUUUGGUACGACAGAACAAAGAACAUUGCUCGACGUGAUGUUAGACUCCCAGCACAAGUAGCUGGUAUAGCAAAAGACACACUUGUUACUCUUAUAGACGACUACAACUAUGGAAUAUUAUACAUACAGGACAAGGUGACUGGCAAUUGUCAAAUGAUGCCUAUACCUGAGACAGAUAUGACGGCUAAUAUCAACCAAACCGCUUCUAGUAUAGACUACCUUUGGUAUAAGUUAACAAUAAAAGGACCAAGAGAACUUCUUGAUUUAGAUGGUAACUUUACUUACACUGGAAAGAGAACUGUGCGAGGGCUGUCUUGUAACGUGUUUACAGGCAUCAGACCAAUGGGCGCUGGUACAUUUGCAACAUAUGAAUACUUCGUCCUUGCCGAUGGUUACAAUGUUUAUCCAGACGACGAUCCGGAUGUUUCUCAGAAUGUACCAGUACAGCUGACCAUCUCAAACGACACGCUAGGAAUACACAUUACCCAGACCAUCACAACAUUCAGUGAGGCUCACCCUGAUCUGUCACUGUUUGAUAUCAGCUCAUGCUAUCCGGAGAAUGCAAGUGUUUCGUUCAGCGUGAAAUUUCAGGGAGAUUACAAGACGGGACUGCGAGACGAGAUUAUACGAGAAGCCCACAGCAAGAUGGCGGCUGUAAUGAACGUAUCACCACUAAGAGUUCAGAAUGUGCUUAUCAACUAUGAUAAUUCGUUUGUUUACAUCUCGGCUAAAUUAAUGGACGUUGCUCCAGUUCUGAAACAGUUUACACUAUAUAAGAAGAACUACACUUCAUAUACAUUGAACGACCUAACCUACGCCUCCACUACAGUGUCGUCUCCGACUUUGUGUGCUGCAUAUUGUCUUUCAAACACGAAUUUCGCGUGUAACAGUUUUGAUUUUUGUGCUGAUCCGACACACACUUGCCGACUGAGUAAAACGCAUACUGUAGGAAAAAGAACCGAAACACAGGGUGUUUCAUGUAGUCGUUAUUCAAGAACAAUUGAUGGUAAGAAUAAUUCAGAGGUAAAUUUUGAAGCAGCCUAUGGAAGUUUGAAAGCUGCUGUAUACAGUGGUCAGUUACAGUUACAGACAUUUCUGCCGUACAUGCCCACUCCUGUUUUCUUCAGUGCAGUUGAUUUAACAAUUUCCUACGGGCGGUUAUACUAUCAGGGUGUUCCACAGUUUACAGGCCAGUUUUCCUAUCACCUGGAAUCUACAAUAUCUGCAUCGCAAACAGUUUUCAAUUCGCAUAUAUGGUAUGACUACGAAUAUAAACUAGUCCGGUAUGAUGUUUUGGACAAUGGACCAGUUUCAAAAAUACAUGAUUAUAAUUCAGGUUUAGCCUACAUCAUAAACCGGAACACGCUCAAGUGUCAAUUGUCUCCGAUCACCAACAGCUCAUUUGACGUUCAGGCACCAACAUCUACACAACUGAAUCGUACUGGAUAUGUUCUACAGAUUAAAAACCCUCUUCAGUUGUUCGAUCUUUCUCAGAACUUCGUUUACACGGGACAGAAAACAGUUAGAGGUAUUCUGUGUGAUGCGUAUGAAAACGUUGGGCAGUUCAACUUCGGGAACGGCAAGAAACAAGCUGUUCUCCAGUUCUACUUCAUGGCGCAAACCUGGAAGGAACAGUCUGAAAAUUCAGGUCAGGUUGUCUCUACGCAACCUGUUGGUCUCGUGGUUACAUCAGCCGACUCUAAGUCAACAAUUCAUUAUGACAUUAUUGACUUUAAUGAACAACAUCCAGACUUGACAAAUUUCAACAUUCGACCUUGUUUCUCAUCAGACCAACAAAGACACGUUCUUCUCGAGUUCAACCAAACUUACCAUCCAACACUGGACACACAUCUUGCCAUGUUUAUCAAGGAUGUACAAAUGCAGCUGUCAGUGCUGACCGGUAUCUCACCACUGAGGUUCCAGAAUCCACAGGUUUCCUAUGAUGGUCCAAAUACUUUCUAUAUCGCAACAAUGGUUGAGCAGUCACCAUCUUUGUUGGACUUCACAAAGAUAAGUCAGACUGUUGGUGUAUAUAGUAUGGAUGCUACUUAUGUGGAUGUAAAGAGCGAUUAUGAAUGUGCUGAUAUGUGUAGAAACAUUACCGGGAUCAUCUGUCUGAGUUUUGAUUACUGUCCUUCCACGAAAGCUUGUCAGCUGAGCAAGCGGCACACUCCAGAUGGACGUCUGCUAAAGAGAAACAUCAACUGUGAUCACUAUUCUAAGACCGUACAAACAACAUCACGCCCCGAGCCCACAACAGACCAAGCUAUAACAAUGCUACAGGACAGGAUUGCACAUGGAGAUAUUGUUGUCAACAUUCAAGUUAAUGCACAUACGACGGUAACAUACCCGGCACUGUAUUUCUCAAGAAAUAUUUUACGUUACGACGACGGAAAAGAAAGCAGUGAUACUCCUGCACAUUUUAAUCGCAUCAGCAAAAGAGCUCUUCAUAUUCGAAAUAAUCCUUCGGCUCGAUGGAUACGAUAUUUACCGGUCAGUGUGGACGACUGUGCGACGAAAUGCCUCACGCAUGCCGCGUACGAAUGUGAAUCAUUCUCGUAUUGUUCUGAAAUGGGUCUGUGUCUAAUUAGUGAUAUAUAUCCAGCUGAGAAUGCAUCUGCUUUUGAAGACAGUCCUAUAUGUAACCUUUAUUCUAGAAAGUACUCCGACAGGUAUAACUUACAACAAGGCACAUUCGAAAAGCACGGGAACGCCCAGAAACUGACGAAUGUUGGAACCGUGGAUACCUGCGCUAAACAGUGUUACAAUAGUCUAAAUAAGACCUGCAAAUCAUUUGAUUUCUGCGCAAAUACUAAAACAUGUUAUUUAUCUCAGGGACGAGCGUUAAAUCUUUCUUCUAGCCCACCUUCAGACAAUUCUGUUUGCUUGCACUAUUCACGAAAGUAUUUGUUUGAUUUUACAAUGACACCUGAUAAACAUUUAUCUAGUGGACUAAGCGUUUCCUUUACUAACUCCACUGUAGAAAAUUGUGCACAACUUUGUGUAGAGAACUAUGGAUUUACUUGUAAAUCAUUCAUGUUUUGUGGGCAUACAACGUGCAAUAUAUUCUCUGUUAACACCAGAAAUGUGAAAUCUCAGAUAGGCUCCGCUGCUGUUUGUGAUUUAUACACAAGACAUUUGUCGGCUACAGAUAUGUUUCUACAGUCACAUACAGACUCUUUAACAACACUACCAUCAAAGAAUGGAUAUAGCGCAGGUUCAAUGGCAGCUGUUGCGUUUGGAACUUUGAUUCCCGGGAUGGUUUUAGGAGCGGCAAUAUUGUACUUUACAAAGACAAAGAAAUUAGUAGAUAGACAACAUGAACAUGAAAUGAAAAUAGUUGAAAAUGAACAACCAAUCGGUGAAGAUACCUAGAAAACCUCUUUUGAAAUAUUUAUAAAGAUCUACAUUCGUCAAAUCAAAACGUGAAUAAAUUCAUGGAGAAUCGACGCAUAUAAAUGACCAUAUACUAAAUUUUUACUUUCAGAUUGAAAUUUGUGGAUAUAGGUUAUAUAAUCGUUUCUGUUCAAUGUCAAUUGUGUAUCUACAAUAUGUAAGGAACUAUUGGACAAUCAAUAUUGGUGUCUUUAUGAGUCUUUUUUGACGACUUGAAGAAUAUAUAGCCUAAAAUUUUUAUAUGGUUUUGAACGCAGUGAUAGUUUUGGAAAAAAAAGUAUUUUAAUGCAAUUAUGAUUUUUAAAUAUUUAUAAUUAUGACUUAUACACUAGGAAAAUUAAUAUUGGUCGAAUUGGAUGUAUGUUUUCCUGGUGCAGAUUACAGUUGAUAAAACCAUACGAAGUAAAGAUAUUUAUAUCAAUUGUAAAUGGCAAGUUUGAUGUGGUGGUUUGGUAGCUGUGCAAUAUCAUUAUUUUGUUCGGGUUUUCAGUAACUUUCAGCGUCAUACUCACCCAUUUGUCAAAUUAAAUGCUUAUUUUUAGAAAUUAUGCACUGCCAUACUUUCAAUAUCAAAGUGUAGGUGGGCAAUAUUUAGAGGUUAGUGUUAGGUUAUUACAUAGGUUUUGUCGAUCAAUAUAAAAUGCAACUCGUUCAGUUAUGCACAGGAGAAAAUAAGAAAAAAAUCGCUAGAAAAUGUCCGUAAACAGAAAUGACGUCGUAUCGUUUCAAAGGGCGCAUCAUGAUGUACUACAUUCAUAUACAGACUGUGGGAUGAUCAAUGUGUAAGAAGAAACUUAAACGAAAUGGUAUUCUAACAAUUUCGUAAAGACUGGGGUGUCUCAAUUCAACGAAUUCUACUAAACAAAAAUAAUACAAACAUAACCGUACUCUGCAUAAAUAUAUUUGCUCAUUAGAAAAUGUUACUAAGACAGGUCUUUCUUUCAUUCCGUUACAGUCCGCUUGGCACUACUUUUUCCCAUUAGACAAACACGGAGAAAUCCUCCAAAAAAGUUUUCAAAUAAGCAAUCAUACUGCAAAACACAUCCUAAAAAUAUUUUCCCAAAUAUCUAUGGGGAUUACCAUUAUCCUUGUAUUGUAUAAAUAAUUACUCUACGGGUAACAUGUGUGUAUUGACUGACUGGCUGUUACAAAUGUGACCAGACUUGUACAAAAACGUUUACACUUCAUCAUUUUUGAUAUUUUACAAAGAAAUAUCUUCAUUUUAGCAGAGUUUGAUAUAAACCUAUCUUGAGAAAUUACAAAAUAUGUUAUUGUCUUAAAUUGUCUUAAAUAAUUACAAAUCUGUACAUCCCGUGCAUAAUUUUGGUUUUAUCAAUCUUUUCAAAACCUCAGUCCUGUCGAAAUAUUUAAUGUACUUAACAGAAAUAUAAUCUAUUUGUAUAUCAGAGAGGUCUAUAUACGAGUGUCACAGUUUGAGUAUUUGAAAUAUGUUCACAUGAAAACGGUGUCAUGUGCUGCGUACAAGAUCCCUGUUUUAUAUUUAUCCUCGUUUUUAAGUAUGGUUGUUGCAUUAUAUACUCGAAUUAAAUAUUCGAAAUGAGCUUUCGAUUCGACGGAUAUGCUAUUUCCACGUCGGCGACCGUGCGACCAUACGAUUAAAUGUCUUACUUUGAAAGGAGUUUGUGUCUUCCAAGUGACCUAUAGCUAUAUCUUGCUGACUGCAUCUGCUUUUAAGACAGUUUUAUAUGUAAUUAUGGCUUUGCAGGCUUGUUUCUUAUAUAUUUGUGUUUUACGUGCAAUUAUUUCCUUUACCAUUACGUGUGUAAGGGAUUCGCCAACUGAGGAUAACUUGUAAUUACACUUUCCUUAGCGGAAAAUAGCGGGGAUUAAGAGUGAAUGUAUAACAAUCCAUAAACCGGUUUGAAGUUUUAAGUCGUGUUUUGCCACUGUUUCGGGGCGGUACUUUACUUGUUCGUUUUGUCCUCUUUGUCUAUAUAUUUAUUUCAUCAGUGUAUUUUGUGUACAAGUAUGUACACAUCCAUACACACGCUGUCAUAAGCUUUCUGUUUCAGAAAGCUGCGUUCUUGAAUGUGGCUUCUCCCUUUUAUGUAUAAAGAAAAUCUUCGCGUUUGUAACUGCGAAUGGUGGUUGUAUAACGUCUAUUCUCCAUUCACAAAAUGUGAUUACAAUUGUCUAUAUGUUUCCUUUCUACUUAAACAUUGUUUGAGUUUAUCAUGUGACCAUGAACUAAUUAUAAAUAAAAUUGUAUGUAUGUAAUGAGAUACUAUAACUGUAUAAGUUACUGAAAUAAAAUUAUGUUCUGUUC